AAAUUAUUACUCUCUUUUUUUUUUAUUGUUUUUUUUUUUUAUUCUUCUUUCAUGAUAAACAACAACGAGAACGAGUUGAAACGUAAUUCGAAUAUAUACAAAAUUAUUAACAAACAUAUAUGUAUUCUAAAUAAUGUCAAAUGGAAUUGUCAAUGGCCUUCGGUUCGUCAUUUUUAUCUUGUUCAUUUAUGCGAAAUAAUUUGAAUCAUUGGAGAACGUAGCGACGGACUAAAUUUAUUUCUAAUCGUGCCUAAACAACCCUAAUCACAUACACACAAAUUAGCAUAAUUUUUUUUUCUCUAUUUUAUUAUUAAUUAUAAUUUUGGUUUGACCGUUCAAUGAUCUACACAAAUAAUCUACGAUGAUUUCUUAGACGACGAAAUAUUCGUACGAUCGAUUGUAAAUAACAUUGAUUUUUUUUUUUUUGUUAAUUAAUCUGUAAUUUUGUUUGUUCUAUUUUUUAUUUUUCCAUCUUCAAUUAAAAAAAAAAAACCUAUGACAAACACGGACCGGAAAAGUUUGAUCUUUUAUUGACGAUUAAUUGUUGUUGUUGCUAUUGCUGUUGUUGACAUUGUUAUUGUUAAUGUUGUUGUAGUUAUUGUUAUUUCUAUAAAAAAUAGAAAGAAAUAACAUGAAGAAAUGACAAAUAUAGUUACCAUCAGAUCGAUGAAACUAUUGGAAAAAAAUAAUACAAAUUUGACGAAAGACGCGUUAGAAUUUACGUUGAUUUCGAUCAUCUCAGUUUAAAUCGUUUCCGUUCGUUCGUUCGUUCGUUCGUUUGUUUUAUUUCUGUAUAAUUUAUUGCGAGAGGAUAUUUUAUGUUUUCCUUUUUUACGGAGAUGACGUGGAUAAAGCUCGUUAAGUCUUACGACGAUCGGAGAAGAACUAGUCCGUAAGAAGAUCAGAUAAUGACGGAGUCUCCAACAGCAUCGACGAGCAAAUGCCACGACGAUAAAUCCGAUAAAUCCGAGAAGGCAGUUUUUCUGCAAAUUCAGGAUAUAAACAGCCAAGUAGCACAAUUUCGAGAUCUUCUGAUAAACGUCGGCCAACCACGUGAUUGUCCAGAAUUAAGAGAAAAAAUAAGAAAAUUGCGAAGAACUUGCGUCGAAGCUUGCAAAGAAACUUCUCAAAUUGUCCUGCCACAAGUACGAAGCGCGAUGGAUGUCGGAAUACCAGCUGAUUGUCCAAAUUUGGUUCUACUGUUCUUCGUAACUCAAUUAUUCCUACGUGAAUUGUCCAAAUGUAAAAAUCUCGUGCGAAUCGUACCUAUGGAUAUGUCAGGAUAUUAUGAAAGUAGACCAGGACCAUCAAACAUUGGCAACGUGAUUUCUCAAAUUUUGCUGUGCAAACAUAUCACGCCCGACUUUAACGAGGAGGAAUUGUGCAGCAUCAAAAAGGAUUCCGCAGAAAUAGGUGCUUUGAUCGCUGAUUUACAGGAAUUCAUGCCCCAAUCUGAAGCUGAUACAGAGAAAUGCGUGGCCCUACAGGAAGCGGGUAAUCGGGUAAGCCGUAACAAUGGCGGACGAAAAGUAAAUCGAUGGAAUCCUAACAACAGAUCAAGACAAUCCUCCUACUGUCGAGGUGGUUUCAAGUUCCUCUGUUGCACCGCCAGAACAAAUUACAUCUGAGAUUUACAGAAUGAAUUAUUGCAAUGAAAAUGGGAAUUCCAUCCAGCUUUAGAGGUGGUGGAACUCUCCUCUCCAUUUUGGUUCCAUUUCAUUUUCCAUAAUUUGUUCUUUAUUAUUUUUUAUUUUUUUAUUUCAGGAUUAACGUCAUCUCCAUGAUAAUUCUAACAUGUCGAUGAAUUUCAUUUCGUUUUUAUUCUAUUUUUGUUGUUUUUGUAUUCUAUAAAUUAAAUUGAUGCACCUUACGCGUGCCGCAUUUGAAUAUUUGAAAAUUGGCGCGACCGCCAUUUUAAUUUUAAAUCGAACGAGAACGACCAAUGAGAAACAAUAUCUCGAAUUUCAAAAUAAAACGCGCCAAACCAAAGUUUCCCUUAUUUGAUCGAUUAAUUUUUUGUUGUUAACAAAAAAGGAUGGCCUUUGAUCAAAGAAAUAAAACAAAAAAGAAAAAAAAU